UAAUAAUAUAGCUUUAAUAUUCUAAAAGGAUGAAUAAAUGUCGAAAACAAUUGAUUUUAUGAAGGAUACCUAGUUUAAUUUGAAGGAAAUGAGCAUCAAACACGCCUAGAUCCAGCUGAAAGAUGCUGUAUAAGCAUCAGAAAUCCAGAAUAGACUGUUACACUACCAUGGAGGAAGAUAAACACGCGCAAGUUGUUCCGUCAGUGGUACCCACCGUUGUUAGCGGAUUAUUUGACAAUUCGGAGUCAGAUGAAAACACUGACUAUUCAACGUCAGAUAAUGUUGGACAAUGCAGCACAAUAAACGCAAGUGACAUUAGAUCUGAUGCAAGGUCUGUGAACAGUGUCGGGAAAUACUCACAUUUAAAUUCUAAUGGUGCAUGUGGAUAUACAAAUACAAGUUAUACCUCUGAAGUCGUUGUAUCAGAUUCCGGCAGUGAUGACGUCGAUGACGUCACACGACGUGAGCUUUUAGAAAACGGGUUGACGCCGUUUAUAAAAGAGGAAUUGAAAUAUUCCAUUCAGACAAAACGGUUAAAAGAGGGAAAGCAGGAAUUGAAAGUGGAAUUUAGUCCCCCACCGGACGAUGUGCUUACACCGGAAGAGGAAGAGCGUGUGGAAAAACGGCGCGUGCAGAACAGAAUGGCCGCGCGCCGCUUCCGGGACAAACAGAAAGAAAGAGCCCACACUUUGCAGAAGGAGUGUCAUCGACUACAAAGCAUUCAAACGGAGUUGAGGUACGAACUGGCGCAGGUACGAAAGGAAAGGGACGAAUUCCGCCAGGCGCUUGAACAACACAUGGCCGCUUGCCCGCUACAGUUUCCCGCGCGUUUCCAUGCGUCAACUUCGAACUCUUGACAACAUGUGAACACUGUCAACUAUUUUACUGUCAACUAUUUUUAGAAACAGACGUGAUGUCAACAUUUUACCUCACAGGAGCUGAUAUUAGACAGGAACACGUCUUUAUGACUUUCCCUGAAAUUGCAUUCAGGCAUAUCUAAACAAAUUCGGUUUCCGGCGUUUUUAUUGCUAGUCCAAUAUUUUUGUGAUCGUUAUUUUAUCACAUUUUGUAAUACACAUAAAUUAUCUGAGGACUGACGCGUUUACAUGUAGACCCGUGACAAUUUAGCGACGGGUGUCAGUGUGAAAAGGAUCAUCAGACAUAUCUUUAUCAAUAAAAUAAUAAAAAAAACAUAUUGAUUCCUGAAAUACCGAACCGUUAUUUAUUGACAUCUUCAUUGGAAACAAACACGAUUGUUUUUGGCCUCAUCAGAAGAUUACAAGACUUCUAAAAACGUGACAUUUCGAGAGGAAUUUCGUCAUAAAAAGUGGGGUCAUAUACUGGAACGUUUCGACAUUGAAAUAUAAUUUCAAUUUACUCAUCACGACAUGCCUGGUUUUUAAAUGAUCAUAUGAACAACUCGGGUUGUCAUCGACAUUUAAAGACAAUUGUUUGGCAUUUAAGUCAAAUGACAGGCUGUUAGCAAGGAAGUAAACUCGAUUUCGACCUUUGAAAUCUAUAUUCUCCAUAUCAUUUGUCAGUAUAUAUAUAUAUAAAAAAAAUUUGACACUGUUACAACUUUGUAAACACUCAAGUAUACAUGCACCCUUAUUUAUUGUUACAUUUUUUUGCAAAAAAUACAAAAUAAAAUGAUAUUAGUGUUGUUUUUGAUAUGAGAUAAACAUUUUGCUUAAUAUAUAUAUAUAUAUAUAUAUAUAUAUAUAUAUAUAUAUAAACUCCUAAGCUCGCAUGAUUAAAGCAGAAUAAUUUUGCUCAUAAAUUUUGAAACCAGCUGCAUUUAAUGCUUCAUUUUAAAAACAGCAUCUUAUUAAACAUCAAUAUACAACUGAAGUAAUAUCUCAAAGUUCAAUUUAAGAAGAUUGUGUUUGAUGAAGUC